CACUGGCCAGGCUCUGAGCAUCUUCCUGGGCCACGGAGGCUUCACUCCCCCGCCCCAAGACUCUCCUUUUGUAAAUGGGCCUUGCUCUACAGCGAAGUCAGUCCUCAACGCCUGCCUCCGUCUCCCCGCCCGCGCGCUGCAGUCCCCAGCCCCCAGCCCCCAGCAUGCGGCUGCAGGACAGUGGCGUCCAGUACAGCCGGUGGGAUGACAGCAGCCGGGAUGAAGUCAAAGUGGCGGCUGUGUCCAGCACAGAAGAGGCCUCGAGCUGGGAGAGCUGUCACCCUAGGUUCUCCCAGAAGCUGCGCUCCGGCAAGCUGGGCCUCGCCAUGAAGGCGCUAGUGGGCAUGGCCGUCUUCUGGGCCAUCUUCAUCCUGGGCUACAUCACCGGCUACUUCGUGCAUUAGUGCAAAUUAACUGCUGGCUCCAUGCGAUUGGAGGCACAGGUAGGGAGGGUCCCCGUAUACAAGAACCCCACCAUAUGCACAGACCCUCCCACACACGGACGCCCAAAGACACGAGUCCCUUGGGGCCAGCCGA